CACACCCCUCCUGGCCAACAGGACACGCCUGGGCUGCUCAACAGCCUCUGUCCCAAGUAUGAGCUUUCUCAGAAACCCUUCCCUGAUUCUGACAUGAAUUCAGAUGCUUGCUGAACCCCAACUGCUGCCUUCCAGGAGCGGUACUCGGAGCCCUGAGGAGUCGCUGCUCAGGAGCAGCCAGCCCUUGAGUCCACCAUGAACUGGAGCGUCUUCGAGGGGCUGCUGAGCGGGGUCAACAAGUACUCCACAGCCUUCGGCCGCAUCUGGCUGUCUCUGGUCUUCGUCUUCCGCGUGCUGGUGUACCUGGUGACGGCCGAGCGUGUGUGGGGUGAUGACCAGAAGGAUUUCGACUGCAACACGAGGCAGCCCGGCUGUACCAACGUGUGCUACGACCAGUUCUUCCCCGUGUCCCACGUGCGCCUCUGGGCCCUGCAGCUCAUCCUGGUCACGUGCCCCUCCCUGCUCGUAGUCAUGCACGUGGCCUAUCGCAAGGCUCGAGAGAAGAGGUACCAGGAAGAAGUUGGCAGUGGGCACCUUUACCAGAACCCUGGCAAGAAGCGGGGUGGGCUCUGGUGGACGUAUGUCUGCAGCCUGUUGUUCAAGGCCACCAUAGAUAUUAUCUUCCUCUAUCUAUACCACGCGUUCUACCCCAGAUUUACCCUCCCUUACAUGGUCAAGUGCCACGAGACGCCGUGUCCCAACACAGUGGACUGCUUCAUCGCCAAGCCCUCGGAGAAGAACAUCUUCAUCAUCUUCAUGUUGGUCACGGCCGUCAUCUGCAUCCUGCUCAACCUUGUAGAGCUGAUCUACCUGGUGAUGAAGCGGUUUUCUGAGUGCAUGCCACAGAGGAGAGCACUCGCUGAACACCCAGAGAAUGACCCCAACUGGGCCAACUCUUCCAGCAAACAGAAGGACUUCCUCUCGAGCGACCUCAUCUUUCUGGGCUCGGACACUCACCCGCCACUCUUACCGGAUCGCCCACGAGCCCACGUGAAGAAAACCAUUCUGUGAAGGGUCCUUAGACUGGACUGGCAGGGUGGGCAUGAACUGGAAGGUUCAGCAUCUCUCGUGGAUGUAGCUGCUGGGGAGAAGAGCUGAGUCCCACAGUUGGCGUCCAGUUGUCCCUCAGCUCCAGGCUACUUGUCGAGGCUGAGUGGCCUUCACUGAAUUACUCCUCCAUUCUGUACCUCAGUUUCCUUUUCUGUUAAAUAAACACACGGAGUGCCACUUAACAGGGCUUCUUGGAGGAGGAGUUCCAUGAGGGCACAGAUGAACAAAUGCCUUCCUGUGUGCCCCAGGGUGAAAGUUUAAUAAAGAUAAAUAAACAGA